AUGAGCAAAAUUGUUGACUUUUUUCCUGGUGCACAUUUUUCAGUGCUUCUUGGUCGUUUAACACAUCUAGCACCGGCAACACCACCAGCAGCAGCUACAGCACCACUACCAGCACCAUCAGCUACAACAGCAGCAGCUACAGCACCACUAUCAUCACCACUAUCGUCAUCACUAUCGUCACCACUAUCAUCAGCAUCACUAUCAGCACCACUACGAGCUCCACUACCAGCACCACUUCCAGCACCACUACCAACACCACUACCAGCACCACUACCAGCACCACUACCAACACCACUACCAGCACCACUACCAACACCACUAAAAAAACCAGGAGAUACAACGUCUUUGACAAAGUCUAUUCCUAAACAGGCAAUCAUUGGACAUCCUUUCAUUCCACAUGUUUUGAGUUGACUGUUGCAACUAUAACUACCACAACAUGGUUUAUCAUAAUUGCACGCUUGAUUCAAUUGUCCGCACGUGCUUGAAUUGACACAUUUGCCUGAAUAGCAUUCACACGCUUCACAUUCGUAGCCAGGGGCACAUUUUUCACGGCUAUUGAAUCCACCAAUACAUUUAGCACCGGCACCACCACCACCUCCACCAACAUUAACAGCACUAUUGAUUGAGUUCUGGAUAGUCAACAAACAUUGAUUGAAAAUUAAAAAACACAAUCAAUUUAAAUAAUACGACCAUGAUGAAUUUUAGAAAUAAUUAUUUUUUUAAUACAGUUUACUGUAUAAAUUUGAAAGUUUGUAUU